UCAUCGCUCAGUUGUCUGGUACUUGAUUUCGUGAAAUUAUCUGUGUUUUCCUUGGGGUGGCGUUCAGGGUCUUGAACCGUGAGGCGGGCAGGCGAUUUCCAGGUGCCGGAUUUUGCAUUCUCCUGACUGGCAAACAGGAUAAUGAUCAUGAUGAUGACCAGAUACCACACGAGGACGGGAUUAUGGGCUGCAUAUAUUGGAAGUGGGGGAGGUCUCCCCAGGGCGGGUAGUCUUUUGUCUCGCGCAAGGUUAUGUUUCUGUUUCCUCUGGAUAUCGCGAUAUUCCUCGAUUUUAUCGUCAAACCCCGCUGCGUCCUGCCUCUGGGCCUUCCUGGUUUUCUUUUUUUUUGUCCUUGCCGCACGCACACGUUGUACAUCUCGCUUUUACUUGCACAUUUUCACUUUUACUCAAAUGAACUAAGAUCACAGUGAUUCAAAUCUACUCCCGUUUAACUUCUGGUAUAUUUGUCUCAUACUAGCGGGGUCGCAAAGGGAAGAAUCGUCACUCGAACAGACAGGGAGG